AUGAUCGCAGACGUCGGAGACCGAAGAACAAUCUCAAACCCAACAGCCACUAUACUGCGAGGCAGCGCGAACGUUGAGUCAACUGAUGCGAUCAUUGAUUACGGAAUUAAGAGGGUCAUUCGAUCGGCCACACUGAGUGUCAUUCGAGACCAGGUCACGCUGCUAAAGGAACAGCACGCGGAUGAAACCGAUGUCGAGAUGCAAUCGGCUGUCAUUGUCCCGAUUGAGUCGCUGCCGACACCGUGCUCGCUCGGAGAGCCGAAGGAUUCAGAGAAUGAAACAGCGAGAGACGAAACCGUAUUACAGGACACGAAGCGUGGUCGCGAUGCAGGAGAGUCCGACGAGUUAGAGGCUGCGAAGAGGCCUCUUAGGAUCCUUGAACCGCUCAUCUUGCGCCACCUCGGAGCCAUUCUGGAAGGAGACAUCUUUUCGAUACUCGCAAGCUCACCUUUCAUCAUUCGGUCGUCUGAAUUCGCGCUUUCAGACGGUGCCCUCGAUUGUACCAGAAGCUAUGGCACCACCACGAGCUUCGCAGAACGCUUCUGGAGUCUUGUCAGUCACAGGCCUACCGAUCUAAGCGAGAUUGUACUCUUCGAUGCCAAAAGUUCUUCCGUAGUCGAUGGCGACAGAAUCUUCUACACCAGCCUGGGACAGCGACACGGAGUUGGGUUCUACGUCUGCAUAUGCGGCACGGAUCCGGACUUCGUAGAGCUCAUCCCCAAUUAUCAGCAGAAGCGAGCGGCGUUCGAACCCGGCUUUGAGGUGGCAGACGAGGAGCAGGACAUAUAUACCGUCAAUAUACAGCAAGUACUCCGCAUCGAUGAGUCAAUGGAUUUGGACUUUGUUGGUCUCCAGCCUUGCCUGGCGGGAUUCACGCUCCUGCCGAAGAGCAAGCAGCUGGCGCCGCAGUACUUCAUACAGCACAAGAUCGAAGGCCGCGAGCGCCCUGCUGGCCAGCAGCUGACUAACGUCCCUGUGUACCGGGCAGGAAGUCAUUACUUCCACACCCUUGAUCGGGUUCUGAUAGACAGCGGCGGGAAAUGGGUCAAUGCAGUCGAGAGCAUCAUGAGAGCCUAUCCAGCUCCACGCAGACCCGGCGACAGGCCUGCAAGGCCCAUGGUGCCCGGGGUUGUGCCGGUCGAAGACGCAGUGCAGACUAAGAAGACCAGCAAAGCAGCCAAGAAAGCGUCGAAGCAGGAUCGUGAUGAGGCAGAGCGCCAGUUGACUUCCCACCUGCACAAGCAAGCCAUGAUGAAUGCUCAUCGUCGGUUCUUUUACAACUUCAUGGCAAAAUGUGCAAGAAGUGGUCUGCUGGUGGAGCUUGCUCGCAAUGCGCCGCCCGGCGAUCUUGGAUUCUGCAAAUACGCCUGGUCAAAGGAGGAAGUCAAACGAUACGAGCAAUUGAGCAUCAUGCCGCAGUUUGCACACACACUGCCGGCUGAGACGCCGCGAUGA